UGCGCUCCACGCCCGCCGGUCCCGGAUUGUCCUUCGCGGCGGCCGCGGUCGCUGCCUGCUAACCUCGGGCCCGGGGGCUGCAGGGGCCGGCGCGAGCGGCGCCUCCCUCGGAGGCCGCGGUGCCCGGAGCAGAAACGGCUUCCACGACACAGAAGUCCUGGUAGACCUCCGGCCGCGGGCGGCUGACCAGGGCUGCCGUCGUCUCUCCGCCUGCAGCGUGCUGGGUGGGCUGUCACCCGCGGCUCCAGUCAUGCCGGCGUUGUCCACGGGAUCCGGGAGCGACACAGGUCUGUACGAGCUGUUGGCUGCCCUGCCAGCCCAGCUGCAGCCACAUGUGGACAGCCAGGAAGACCUGAGCUUUCUCUGGGAUGUGUUUGGUGAAAAGAGUCUGCAUUCACUGGUGAAGAUUCACGAGAAGCUGCACUACUACGAGACGCAGAGCCCCGCCCCCGUCUUCCAGGGCGCGGCAGCCUUGGCGGAUGACCUGGCUGAAGAGCUUCAGAACAAGCCGGUAAACAGUGAGACCAGAGAACUGCUGAAACUACUGUCAAAGCCCAAUGUGAAGGCUUUGCUCUCUGUACAUGACACUGUGGCUCAGAAGAAUUACGAUCCCAUUUUGCCUCCUAUGCCCGAUGAUAUUGACGAUGACGAAGACUCAAUAAAGAUAAUCCGUCUGGUCAAAAAUAGAGAACCACUGGGAGCUACCAUUAAGAAGGAUGAGCAGACUGGGGCAAUUGUUGUGGCUAGAAUCAUGAGAGGAGGAGCUGCAGAUCGAAGCGGUCUUAUUCAUGUUGGCGAUGAACUUAGGGAAGUGAAUGGGAUACCAGUAGAGGAUAAAAGGCCUGAGGAAAUAAUACAGAUUUUGGCUCAGUCUCAGGGAGCGAUUACAUUUAAGAUAAUACCCAGCACCAAAGAGGAAGCACCGUCUAAGGAUGGCAAGAUGUUUAUCAAAGCCCUCUUUGACUACGAUCCAUUUGAGGAUAAAGCAAUUCCAUGUAAAGAAGCAGGACUUUCCUUCAAGAAGGGAGAUAUACUUCAGAUUAUGAGCCAAGACGAUGCCACGUGGUGGCAGGCGAGGCACGAAGGCGACGCGAACCCCAGGGCCGGCUUGAUUCCCUCCAAGCCCUUCCAGGAGAGGAGACUGGCUCUGAGACGACCAGAAAUGUCAGUUCAGACCCUGAAACUUUCCAACAGGAAAUCAUCUGGUUUUAGAAGAAGUUUCCGUCUUAGUAGAAAAGAUAAGAAAACAAAUAAAUCCAUGUAUGAAUGCAAGAAGAGUGAUCAAUAUGAUACAGCCGAUGUACCCACCUACGAAGAAGUGACACCCUAUCGGCGACAAAGCAAUGAGAAGUACAGGCUUGUUGUUUUGGUUGGUCCCGUCGGAGUCGGGUUAAAUGAGCUGAAACGAAAGCUGCUGAUCAGUGACACCCAGCACUACGGCGUGACGGUGCCUCAUACUACAAGAGCAAGAAGAAGCCAAGAGAGUGAUGGUGUUGAAUAUAUUUUCAUUUCCAAGCAUUUGUUUGAGACAGAUGUACAAAAUAACAAGUUUAUUGAAUAUGGUGAAUAUAAAAACAACUAUUAUGGCACAAGUAUAGACUCAGUCCGGUCUGUCCUAGCUAAAAAUAAAGUUUGUUUGUUGGAUGUCCAGCCUCACACAGUGAAGCAUUUAAGGACACUAGAAUUUAAGCCAUAUGUGAUAUUUAUAAAGCCUCCACCAAUAGAGCGUUUGAGAGUGACAAGAAAAAAUGCAAAGAUUAUUUCAAGCAGAGAUGACCAAGGUGCCGCGAAACCCUUUACGGAAGAAGACUUUCAAGAAAUGAUUAAAUCUGCACAGAUAAUGGAAAAUCAAUAUGGUCAUCUUUUUGACAAAAUUAUAGUAAACGAUGAUCUCACCAUGGCAUUCAACGAGCUAAAAGCAACGUUUGACAAAUUAGAGACAGAUACCCACUGGGUUCCAGUGAGCUGGUUACACUCAUAACUAAGGAAAAUUUCCAUAAUCAUCUUUUUAUAGAGUGCAAGAUUAGAAAACAAUCAGUUACUAUUUUGGUGGUAGGGUUUUUAAAACUCUUUAUUGCUGUCAUAAAUGUAUCAUCUCAGUAAAACUGAAUGCCA